GCUGCAGCCCUUCCACGACCGGAGAGCAGCGAGGUGCUGGAGCAGGAGCCGUGGGACCGCACCCCUCCAUGGCAGAUGAGAUGAAGCUCCUCUUCCUCCUCUUCCUCCUUGGGCUCAUCACCAGCUCAUGGCAGAUCGAAGACAACAAGAUCCCCGGGCUGUGCUCGGGGCAGCCAGGCAUCCCAGGGACCCCAGGGCUGCACGGGGGCCAGGGGCUGCCAGGCAGAGACGGACGAGACGGCCGGGACGGGGCCAUGGGGCUGCCAGGGGAGAAGGGCGAGAUGGGCCCUCCUGGAGCCCCCGGUGCCCGCGGGGAGGUGGGCAGCCCCGGCAGGGACGGGCCGCAGGGCGAGAAGGGGGCGCAGGGCGCAUGUGCGGUCGCUCCGCGCUCGGCGUUCAGCGCCAAGCGCUCCGAGUCGCGCAGCCCCCCGGAGCCCGACCAGCCCACCCGCUUCGACGUGGUGCUCAUCAACGAGCAGGGCCACUACGACCCCGCCACCGGCAAGUUCACCUGCGAGGUGCCAGGCCUCUACUACUUCGCCGUGCACGCCACCGUCUACCGUGCCAGCCUGCAGUUCGACAUCGUCAAGAACGGACACUCCGUCGCCUCCUUCUUCCAGUACUACGGGAACUGGCCCAAGCCUACCUCCCUCUCGGGGGGGGCCCUGGUCCGCCUGGAGCCCGAGGAUGAGGUGUGGGUGCAGGUGGGUGUGGGGGACUACAUUGGCUUCUAUGCCAGUGUCAAGACAGACAGCACCUUCACCGGCUUCCUCGUCUACUCCUACUGGCAGAACUCUGCCGUCUUCGCCUGAGCCUGCCCUCGGUGCUGGCCAGGGCCAGGACGUGUCCCCUUCCUGCAGCUGUGUGCCGGGGGGCUGGGACAGUGGGACCCCUGCCCUGCUCUGCUGCUGCCACAGGGCAAAGGGCAGGACUGUGCCACCCCCUGCUGCCCCGGGGGUGGUGGGGAGCAUCCCUUCAGCAGCACUGUACAGGAGCUCAGCAGUACCUUGGGUGCCAGGCUCUGGAGCAAGAUGCCCACGCCAGGGAGCUGCGAGAACCUGGUCGUGGUCUGCUACUCGCCACAGCCACCUGGGCACGCACCGGCACGGGCACCAGGCCCUGGCCAUGCUGCCAGCCUCUCCCCCUGUGCAGAGCCAGCCGGGCUGCCUGGCCGCUGGCACGGCGAGGUGCCCGCUCUUGGCACGUCCCAGGGCUGGUAGCUGCCCUUCCUCUCACCCUGCUCUCUGCCUGCCGGCCGCCUCCCCCUGCCCCUUCACCCUCCAUAAAGGGCUCCUUGGCCGUACCCUCAAUAAACAGCUCC